UUUAUAAACAUACUAAAUAUUAAUUAUAAAUUGACUGAAUAAAAGUAAGCAAAUAAAAUAUGUCAAGUAUACCACAAAUGUCUAGUGGGCUUAGUAAACUAAAGAAAAAACAUUUUCGUGUAAAACACCAAAAAGUUAAGGUAUUUCGAGCUAAUGAGCCAUUACUCAGCAUAUACAUGUGGGGUGUCAAUCAUACAAUAAAUGAACUAAGCCACGUUAAUAUUCCAGUGAUGUUAUUACCGGAUGAUUUUAGAGCAUACAGUAAAUUGAAAGUUGAUAAUCAUUUAUUUAACAAGGAAAAUAUGCCAUCUCAUUUUAAAAUAAAGGAAUAUUGCCCAUUAGUUUUUAGAAAUCUAAGAGAAAGAUUUGGAAUUGAUGAUUUGGAUUAUAAAGAAUCUAUGACAAGAUCACAACCCGUUCUUGAUGAAUCUUCGGGAAAAAGUGGUGCUAAAUUUUAUAAGUCAUUUGAUAAAUUAUUUAUAAUAAAAACAUUAACAAGUGAAGAGGUUGAAAGAAUGCAUUCAUUUUUGAAACACUAUCAUCCGUAUAUUGUAGAACGACAUGGUAAAACUUUAUUACCACAGUAUCUUGGCAUGUACAGAUUAACAGUGGAUGGAGUAGAACAUUAUGUAGUAGCUAUUAGAAAUGUUUUUUCGAAUCAUUUAACAAUUCAUAAAAAAUUUGAUUUAAAAGGAUCAACUGUAGAUCGCGAAGCUUCCGAUAAGGAGAAAGAAAAAGAAUUACCAACGUUUAAAGAUAAUGACUUUGUCAAAGAGAAAAUGAAAAUAUAUAUAGGAGAUGAUGCAAAAUUAAAACUUAUAGAAACUUUAUCAGCCGACGUUGAUUUUUUAACUCACUUACAUUUAAUGGACUACUCUUUACUACUUGGAGUACACGAUUGUAUACGUGCCGAACAAGAAAAUAAAGAUCGAGUAGAUAAAGAACAAGAUGAUGAUAACCGUGACGAUGACGAAGACAGUGAAUCUGGAAGUGGAGUAGAGUGUCGAGGAUCUAUGGGAGAAUGUUUAUGGAGUUGGAGUGGAAUGACAACGAUGGCUACACCACCGGAAUCUCCACAAGGCAUAUUAAUACGUGAUUCAAGUUUGCAAUACGAAGAUACUAUUAUUCCAGAAUUAGAUAUAUAUGCUAUUCCAAGUUCGGAAAAUGCACCUGACAAGGAAUUAUAUUUUUUAGCAAUUAUCGAUGUACUCACUCAUUAUGGUGUUCGUAAACAAGCAGCUAAAGCAGCAAAAACCGUUAAAUAUGGAGCCAACGUUGAUGGAAUAUCUACCUGUGAUCCAGAGCAGUAUGGAAAGCGCUUUAUAGAAUUUUUGAGCAAAGCAAUAGAAUAAUUAUAAUUUGAAUACAUUAUAUAUAGUUAGAUU